UGCGACAAGGACGAGUUUGUGAAAGUAACCAAUAAUUACAUCUUUUGACUUUCUUGGUGACUUAUAUCUAUUGACGUAACUCGCGACUGCUCUGAGCACUACGAUUGAGCGUAUACCAUGGCAGUCCCCAAUGCGAACACGGCGCCACUGUCCGAAUACGCAGGCGAUGAGGUAUCUGCCCUCGUACUGGAUCCGGGCUGGUCAACUACACGCGCUGGAUUUGCGGGCGAGGACGCGCCAAAGUCCGUUAUACCCACACACUACGGCGUCUCAUCGAGCGAUUCACGAUUAUUCUUCGGCGAAAACGCGAUACACAGCCCUCAGGCAAACCUUCAGAUCAAGAACCCUUGGUCGGCAGAUGGCAUCGUAGAGGAUUGGGAUACCGCAGCGAAGCUCUGGGAAUACUCGAUAACGUCAAGGUUGACCGGACCGAAGCCUACACACCCGGAGAAGAAUGGGCUUAAUGAUGACCCCAACGGUGAAGCUAUGGAGCUAGAUGCACAAGAAGAGGUUGAGAAGCCAUUAACAGAGAAUCCUCUUUUAAUGACUGAGCCGGGCUGGAACCCUGUGAAAGCAAGAGAGAAAUACAUCGAGAUUGCGAUGGAGGAUUGGGGUGUUCCCGCAUACUGGCUAGGACGGUCUGGAGUAUUAGCAGCGUUCGCAGCAGGCAAGGCUUCAGCGCUAGUCGUCGAUGUCGGAGCUAACAUCACCUCCGUGACGCCCGUGGUGGAUGGCAUCAUGAUGAAGAAAGGUGUACAAAAGUCACCUCUCGCCGGAAAUUUCGUCUCGAAUCAAAUCCGCGCCAUGUUCAAACAGAACCAAGUCCCUCUGACGCCGCAUUACAUGGUAUCCUCCAAGACCGCAGUCGACGCAGGAGCUCCCUCGCAGGCCACAUACAAGAAGUUUGAGACUGCACCACCCGCUUCAUAUCGCCGCCUACAAGAAGAGCGUGUCCUCACCGAAUUCAAAGAAUCCGUCGUACAAUGCUGGACAGGCCCAGGCAAGCUCAGCAACGGCACGAACGAGGAGAUCGCAAAGUCUCAGCCCCCUCGUCCAUUCGAGAUGCCGGACGGUUGGAACCAAGUGUUCGGUCUGGAUCGGUUCAAGGUCACCGAAGGGCUUUUCGACGAGACCGCCGCGCUGGAGGAUGACGAGAAUGCUAAGCCCACCAAGGCGCAGACCAUCCCGGCUAUGAUACAGGCCGCGCUCAACCAGGUCGACGUCGACCAGCGGCCACAUCUCCUCAACAACGUAGUCGUGACUGGUGCAUCCUCGUUCCUCCCUGGCUUCAACGAUCGACUAAACGCGGAACUACAGGGCAUGUACCCUUCGCCGCGUAUCCGGCUGAGCGCGCCCGGAAACACGAUUGAGCGAAAGUAUGCUUCGUGGAUAGGAGGCAGUAUCCUAGGCAGCUUAGGCUCCUUCCACCAGAUGUGGAUCUCAAAGAAAGAAUACGACGAGCACGGCGCCAACAUCGUGGAGAAGCGCUGCAAGUGAAGUCGUCGUAUAAAGAGUGGGCGUAGCGCGCAAAACGGUACCAUUACUAGAGAUUCCGUAAGUGGAAGAGACAAAAGAAAAGGUAAAACAGAAGAAGUAAAAACACCAUAAUCGGCCCUCUCUAUUGUAUUGUACCAAACAAAUAAACGAUGAAGUAAAAUAAAUACCUACAUACCCUACCUACUUUCGAAACCCAAAUAGACCAUACCAAAUAUCCAAUAACUAUUAAUUAUAC